UACGAAUUGUUAAACUUCCGGAUUACGGUUCCUUCUAGAAGUGACAGUACCACAACUUCCGGCUACAAUAUGUUUCCUACGGACCCGCCCCUUGUACGGAUUGUUGGUAUACUGACUUCCGGUUUCUGUGCUCACCCCUGUGCAAAGAGAGAAAGAGGAUUUUGCUUGGGUCGGGUAGAGUCUGUGUUGUGGGCAUAUCAUUAAAUAGCUGGAAACGGGGUAACGAAAGCGAGCACUGGGAGGUGAGAAAGGAAGCAGAAGCCAGUAAUCGUUUGUGAAUCUGCAGGAGCAAGAACUCCUGAGUAGGAUCACUACACUGGGAAACUUGCGCUCAGAGGUGAUGGGGAAGCUACGGAUGGCAAUAAAAAGAGUCACACACAAGAGAUAAAGUAUAUUUUCUAAGGGUAGGUCUCUUUCAUUUUUUUGAGAGAGUGAAUGGGCAAUCCCAGUAUUAGCAUUCAGGCUCAGUGUCCCAGCUGCAGGCGUCAAUAACAAUAUCACACAUGGGGAUUUAAAGGGAUACUGACAUCUUUUAAAAAUAUGACUUUUUCUAUUCAAAACCAAGGGUUUAUUGUAAAAAAAAAAAAAAUAGGCCACACUCACUUAGAGACAAUAGAACUGUAGCUGCUGCCCAGAUUAUCUUGUACAAGCAGUGAACAACCUGAUUUUGUCAGCAUCUUAAAGCUUGAGCCUAAGCCUACAAUAAUAAAAUGGUCAGUAAUUGCGGGCCUGAGACUUUAAUGGGCAUUUUCCAUUAUUUUUGAAUUAGAGUAGGAGAGAUUGGAUUGACAAGCAUAUAAUAUAUUUGUUGCAGUAAAAAGCUGGCAACUCUUGGGUGUAAUAUUGGCAUAGAUAGAUAUUAGUCCAAUUUGGCCACGUGUACUAAUCUAGUCUGAGGGAUUGUCCCACAGCUAUUUGUCAGAUUAAUGUGUGUGAGGCGUGCAGGCUGAGCGGUUUUGAGGCAUCUUAUAACCUAAUCGCACCCCCAAAUCAGGUUAUUCAGCAGUAUGAGUUUUUUUUUUUGGUUUUGGCUGAACAUUUAUGAUUCAGUUGAAGUUUGGUUACCGAUAUUGCUCAGCUGGGAAAUUUUUUAAAUGGUGGUUUCCUCUUUGGAUCUGCUUUGUAUUAGAACUGUACCAAUGUUAUCAGAUGAGCUGCAGUCCAAACCAGAGCUGCUGGUUGAGUUUGUACAGAAUACAUCCAUUCCUUUGGGAGAAGAACUGGUGGAAGGUGACUCAAAAGAUCUGGCAUGUUUGUCUCUUCUUCCCGAACCCUCGGAAUGUGGCUCCUUGCUGUUACCAGAUGCUUCUGUAGCUCAAGGAAUGCCAGCUAAGGAUUCAGGUACCUCCUUGCUGAACAGCCUCCAAGUGGACAUUGAUCACUGCACAGACUCUAGAGAAGAGAAACCCAUUGCAUUGCUGUCACCUUCUGAACCCUCCUCGCUACUUCAUGACUUACCUACCAAUGAUAAUUCUUCCUUCAUUCUCCUCAAUCUAGCUAGAACAGGCUUGACUUCUCCGUCAGAACAUCUUGUUUUUGUCCAGGAUGAGGCUGAAGAUUCUGGAAAUGAUUUCCUUUCCAAUGACUGCACAGACAGUAAUACACCCUGGUACUUACGGGUACAGGAGUUGGCCCACGAUAGUCUAAUUGCUGCCACACGGGCACAACUGGCAAAAAGUGUCAAGACAAGUAGUGUUGGAGAAACAGCUCUGAGCAGUUUUACAGAAACAGAGUCACGAACUUCCCUUCCUCCACCAAACCAGUCCCCUCGAGAGAAACGACUGCAUUGCUCUUUCCAAGGCUGUGACAGGUCUUUUGUGUAUCCCACACACCUCCGUUACCACCUGAAAACUCAUAGAAAUGACCGUUCUUUUGCUUGCCCGUCAGAAGGUUGUGGGAAGAGAUUCUAUGUCUUACAAAGACUGAAAGUUCACAUGCGCACUCACAAUGGGGAAAAGCCUUUCCUUUGUUCAGAGCCAGGCUGCGGGAAACAGUUCACCACAGCAGGGAACCUGAAGAAUCACCUCCGUAUCCAUACUGGAGAGAAACCAUUUCUCUGUGAGAUGGAGGGGUGUGGACGCUCUUUUGCAGAAUAUUCAAGUCUUCGGAAACACCAGGUUGUCCAUUCAGGGGUAAAAUCUCAUCAGUGCCCUGUGUGUGGUAAAACUUUCUCUCAGAGUGGGAGCAGAAAUGCCCAUCUAAGAAAACAUCACUCGAGGAGCAUUGAUGACCAAAGUACCUCAUCCCACUGUACACACACUGUGCAAGAGACUCUGCAACAUUCCCAUCUGCUUUCUGUGGGAUCGGAAAGACAGUCAUAUGAAGAGGAUGUGUCCAUUUUGUUGAACUGAACCCAUUUAUUUAGACGACUUUUGUUCAUUACAAGCAUUUUUGUUGGUCUUUGUGGGAUUACAAGUAUUCCGUCUCUUAAGAACAAAGUAUAAGCAAAUUAUGUUUCAUUGGCAAAAAAUGAACUUGCCUGCAGAGACAAUGUGGAAAAACGAGCCUGGAUUAUAUGAAAAUAAGACCCUGAAGCAGAAAAAGCAUGGUACUUAUCAUUCAGUGCAAGUUGAUUCUGUGGCUGAAAUAAGUUUCCAGCUUGGAUUUUCGUCUUUGGGUUUUGCCUCAGUUGGUACUAUUUCUAAAGUACAAGGACAUAGUUUUGUGUGUAAACUUUUGGUUGCACACACAGGGCCCUGCUCCCAAACUGUGCAAUCACACCUUCUCCUUUAAUUUAUAUUCAGAUUCAUAAACUGCAAACCAUCCAAUAGAAGGGCUCAUUAAACUGCACAAUGAAAAAUAAACUGUUAAACUGCA